AUUUUCAUGGAGAACACGAAUUCACUGCAUGAUAUAAAUAAUUGUUACACCACAAAGAAUUGUUUCCCCAUAAUACGAGAGAUAGUUGUGAUAAUGUAAAUAUGUAUGUUAUUGUUCGAUCUGGCGUCAUUGUUGUAAUCAGCUGAUUUUCUUAUCGUUAUCAAAGUCAAAGUGACGGUCGAAGUAUAUUUUUUGUCGCGCAACUUAAUUCCAUGUACGUUUAUUAAUUUGUUCCUGUCAAAGUCGUACUGUGUCAUAGUGCAAAAAAAAAAUGACUUCUACUGGGCUUUUGAUUGUUUCCAAUAUAAAACAAGUGGGGAAGUCAUUACGUGCUAUAGAGAAAUAUGUAGGUAAACUAUACAUACACUUAAACAUCCCCGCGGAAAAAUGUCAACCAUUGCCUAUUUGGGGGCACUUGAUAUCUCAGUUGUAUGUCGACCAUAAUCAAUUAAGCAGUAAAAAUAUAAGUUUGAGCAUUUUGGUGGGCGCGUUGAGAGAACAAGGUAUCAAUGCAUUGCAAAUAAAGCCUGUUGAUAUGUUGUUCUGUGAUAGUCACUACCCUGAACUCUGUGAUAGCAUGUUACAACGUUUUAAAAUUCCUGGACAACCUAUUUACCUUGAAGAAGAAAAUAAUACGAUUGUUGGUUUUGAUCAUCAAAAUUUGAACGAGUCUACUAAAAUGUAUGAUACUGUAGUAGUGGGUGGUACCUUUGACCGCAUACAUGUUGGUCACAAGAUAUUCCUUACCCAGGCUGUUCUUCGUUGUUGUCGGCGUUUAGUGGUCGGAGUAACAACAAAUCAAAUGAACAAGUCUAAAAUUCUUCCGGAAUUAAUUUUACCCGUUGAAACGCGAAUAUCGGAGAUACGUGAUUUUCUUACGGAAAUUGAUGCAAGUUUACAAUAUGAAGUCGUUCCAAUCAAUGAUCCCUUUGGACCAACACAGACCGAUCCUAACAUGGACUUGAUAGUAGUUAGCGCCGAAACACUAAAAGGUGGUCAUAAAGUAAACGAGAUUCGGGCCAAAAAGAAUUUGCGACCGCUUGAAAUAUAUUGCAUAGAACUUGUUGAAUCCUCAGACUUGGGUGGCGGUCCAAAAGAAAAGAAAAUGAGUUCUAGUAAUACACGUAUUGACUUAUUAGGAACUCGAUUACGGCAACCAGAGGCGCGCCCUAACCUCUGCGAUAAGCCAUAUAUAAUAGGUCUAACAGGUGGUAUAGCAUCUGGAAAAAGCAUUAUGUGCGAUCGAUUGCUUAAAAAGGGUGCACAAAUUUUGGAUUGUGACAAGAUUGCACACCAGAUAUACGAGCCUGAUCAAGUUUGCUAUCAAAAAAUAAUUAAUCACUUUGGAAAAGACAUUGUCAACAAAGAUGGACGGAUAGAUCGCAAAAAACUUGGUGUAAUUGUUUUUAAUGAUCCUAAGCAGUUAGAAACGUUGAAUAAUAUUGUUUGGCCCGAAUUAUUAGUAGAGGUUAAGAGACGUAUACACGCUCUCCACGAUCAGCAUCAGUGCGAUGUUGUUGUAAUAGAAGCUGCUAUACUAUUGAAAGCAGGUUGGGAAAAAGAAUGUCACGAAGUAUGGUCAACAAUAGUUAGACCUGAGCUUGCUGUGCAGCGCAUUAUGCAACGCAACGGUUUAAGCGAAGAUGAAGCCCAAAAACGAGUUGAUAGUCAGAUGGCAAAUAGUGAGGUGGUAUCCAAAUCACACAUUGUGUUUAGUUCGCAGUGGACAGAUGAGUUUACACAACAACAAGCGGAUAAGGCCUGGUCCAUACUGAUUGAAGAUAUAGAAAAGCGAAAACUAAAUGAAAUAUCUACUGACGAGAAUGUCAAGAACAGCAGACUUUGACCAGAACGUUUAAAAUUGUGAAAUAAUGAAAUUUGUAAAAUAAAGGUGAUUGGAAUUGCGAAAAUAUAAAACUCUCUCAACAACCGGAUUCACGAGAGCAAUUUAUAUCAGAUAAUUUUUAGAUUAAAUUGCUGGUGAAACCGGUUGUUAGUAGAAUAGA